UCCCUCCGUGUAGUUUCCUCUCUAGUCUGGAGUCUUGACCCAUCUUCCUCGAGAGGCCUUUAUAAGAGACAUUAAGAGCGAACUCGGAAGCGGAGAGUUCCAAAUGAAUUACUAAACUGAAGAUACAGUGAGGGGAAGUGGCUCAUUUCACCGUUGAGCGAGGGAGAGAAUUCGAAGGCAAAAUGAAGAACAUUUUCAAGAAGCUUCACAAAGCGAGCAACCACGACCCUAAUCGAUCCAAUGAAACCCCGGCUUCCGUCGCAUCAGCUUCUGAUGCCUCUGAUCACCGUCCUGCACCCCUUCAAAACUCUGCCCCUUCUCCGGCCAGUCCCUCUUCAUUGUCUCCCUCUUCGGCAGCGGCCGGUGCUUCCCAACCCCCGCCUGCUACGCCCAAUCGGCAAGACUAUUUUUUGUCAGAGGAGGAGUAUCAGGUGCAGCUUGCCCUGGCCAUCAGUGCUUCCAAGUCUGAUUUUCGGGACGAUCCUGAGAAGGAUCAGAUCCGAGCGGCCACGCUGCUGAGCCUGGGAGGCCAUCGAAUUGAUUCAGCAAUGAAUCGUGAUGAUGUGGCGAAGGCGCUGUCCAGACAGUACUGGGAAUACAACGUGCUUGACUAUGAAGAGAAAGUAGUUGAUGGUUUUUAUGAUGUAUAUGGUCUUUGUACUGAUUCAUCGAUGCAAGGAAAGAUGCCCUCUUUGGAAGACCUUGAAGCAAAUCCGGGUAAUUCAAGUUUUGAAGUUGUCAUAGUGAAUCAAGCAAUUGAUCCUGCCCUGGAAGAGUUAGUGCAAAUCGCACAAUGUGUAGCACUAGAUUGUCCUGUCACUGAUGUUGGUGUUUUGGUGCAAAGACUGGCUGAACUUGUUACAGGGCAUAUGGGUGGCCCUGUAAAGGAUGCUAAUAUUAUAUUAGCAAGAUGGACAGAAAGAAGUACAGAGCUACGGACAUCUCUUCAGACAAGUAUGUUACCUAUAGGGUCUAUAAAUAUUGGCCUAUCCAGGCACCGUGCUCUGCUUUUUAAGGUAUUGUCUGACAAUAUCAAGAUGCCCUGUAGACUGGUUAAAGGUAGUCAUUACACUGGUGUUGAGGAUGAUGCUGUCAACAUUAUAAAGUUGGAGGAUGAAAGGGAGUUUUUGGUUGAUCUUAUGGCUGCUCCUGGUACUCUUAUUCCAACUGAUAUUUUUAAUCCUAAAGACCCUUCCUUUAAGCCAUACAAUCCCAAGAAUUUUCCAGCCUUACAGUCAACAAAUGAAAAUAGAUUUUCUUACCCAAGACCUUUGUCAUCUGAUGGUGAAGGCAGUAGUCAAAGUUCUGCGAUCAGAAGUGAUUCAUCAUCAUUGAAUGUGAGACCAUAUUUUGGGAAGUCUGAUUAUAUGUCUUCAAACCUGAGUUUGGGUGGAGAAACUGGUGUUGGUCCUUCCAAAGUUCCUAGUAAAGCAUCUUCUAGCCAAGCAGACAAUUUUUUUCCAUCAGCCAGUAGUUCUCUGUACAAAGGAACUCGUGGAAUGAAUGCUAUUGGUGAUGGGACUAGACUGAACAUCAAUGUUGUACCAUAUGGUCAGAAUGGUCCAGAUGACUCUAGGAACCUUUUUGCAGAUCUUAACCCAUUCCAGAUAAAAGGAACGGGCAAGACUGCUGUACACAACAAACCCGUGGAAAAUCAAGCUCCUGAACUUCAUAGUACGAAAGAAAACAAAUUUUCUGGUCGACCCCCGGUACCUUUGAUGUGGAAGAACCGUUAUGCAUACAAUGAAGAUCCCAGGAAACUUAACCGUAAUCCUAAUGAAUAUAACCCUUCUUCGUUAGCUUCCAAUAGUUCUUCUGUAUCGGAAAAAGUUGAUGUCAAUAAUUCCAACUCAUCAUACCAUGCAAAUAUCAAUAGAGACAAAGAGAGGAGCUUGAUGCAAGUUACUGGCACAGUAUCAGCAUCUGGUUCUGGUGAUCUGAACAGGGAUGAAGGUUUCAAUGCUGAAUGGAACAAAGGGAAUGUGGAAAAAUCUCAAAACAGCAUAGCAGAUGUUGUCAAAGAACAGGAAAACAAUGAAAUUGGAUUUCAUGACCGAAGAAAAAGCACUCAUGACAGAUUCAUGGGUAGCAAGUUGAAACUAAAGGAGCUAGAGAGUCCUAGUUCAUCAGUUGAUUCCAUCACAAAUAGGGUUGACCAAAUCUUGGAUGAUGUAGAUGUGGGCGAAUGUGAAAUUCCAUGGGAGGAUCUGGUUCUUGGUGAAAGAAUUGGUCUAGGUUCAUAUGGUGAGGUAUAUCAAGCUGACUGGAAUGGCACAGAGGUUGCUGUGAAGAAGUUUUUGGAUCAGGAUUUUUCAGGUGCUGCCUUGGCUGAAUUCAAAAGAGAAGUACGGAUAAUGCGUAGACUGCGUCAUCCUAAUGUUGUUCUUUUUAUGGGUGCUGUUACUCGACCUCCUAAUCUCUCAAUCAUUACAGAGUUUCUUCCUAGGGGAAGUUUGUACCGAAUUCUUCAUCGUCCUAAUUGUCAAAUUGAUGAAAAACGCAGAAUUAAAAUGGCUCUGGACGUGGCAAGAGGCAUGAAUUGCUUACACACCAGCACACCUACAAUUGUUCACCGUGAUCUGAAGUCACCAAAUCUCUUGGUUGAUAAGAACUGGAAUGUUAAGGUUUGUGAUUUUGGGUUGUCGCGACUGAAGCAUAACACAUUUUUAUCAUCCAAGUCAACUGCUGGAACGCCUGAAUGGAUGGCUCCUGAAGUUCUUCGGAAUGAGCCCUCAAAUGAGAAGUGUGAUGUAUACAGUUUUGGAGUCAUUCUAUGGGAGCUUGCUACUCUAAAGUUGCCAUGGAGUGGGAUGAAUCCUAUGCAAGUUGUUGGUGCUGUAGGUUUCCAAAAUCGUCGUUUAGAUAUCCCCAAGGAAGUUGAUCCUUUAGUUGCAAGAAUUAUCUGGGAAUGUUGGCAACAGGAUCCCAAUUCGCGACCCUCAUUUGCACAGCUCACGGUAGCACUAAAGCCCCUGCAGCGUCUAGUAAUACGUCUCAUCAAGACCAGCCAGCUUCAACUUAGGCGCAGGAGAUUUCUGUAAAUUCUACCCCUUAAACUAUCCAUUUCUCAAGUGUGGAUAAGGAGGUUUUCUGCAUAAUUUAUUUCUGUGAGUAUAUGUGUAUAUAUAUAUGUAUCAAAGGAAAAAUGAGAAAUGAAAUCACGCCAAAGCUUGUAAGGCAAAUGUUCGUAUUGAGGAGCAUGAGAAUUGUGCUGCAGCUCAAACGACUGCAGAACCAUUUUUGUAUAGAUAUUCAUAGUUUCACCAAUUAUACAAAGCUGACGUGUAAAUCACCUAUUCUCAA